UGUUGGUUGACCCUGCUGUGCCAGGAAGGGGCAAACCUAUUGUGAGAAAUAGGAAGCUUGACGUAUAGCAGACAUGGAUGAACAAGCCCUGCUUGGACUAAACCCAAAUGCCAAUGCUGACUUCAGAGACCGUGCAUUGGCUUAUUUUGAACAACUGAAAGUUUCACAUGAUGCAUGGCAAGUCUGUGCUGAAGCAUUAGCCAAACACAUAUAUAGUGACGAUCAUGUCAAGUUCUUCUGCUUUCAAGUUUUGGAGCACCAAAUAAAAUUCAAGUAUUCUGAACUGACUGCAAUGCAGCAGCAACUGAUAAGGGAAACACUAAUCACAUGGCUUCAAGCUCAGAUGCUCAAUCCCCAACCAGAGAAAACAUUUAUACGUAACAAAGCUGCACAGGUCUUUGCCCUGGUCCUUGUUACUGAGUACCUCUCAACCUGGCCUAAAAUCUUUUUUGAUAUUCUGUCUGUUGUGGGACUCAACCCUCGUGGUGUUGACCUGUAUCUUAGAAUUCUUCUGGCUGUCGAUGCAGAGGUUGUGGAUAGAGACAUUAUUCAUACACCCGAGGAAUCGCGUAGAAAUACGUUAUUGAAGGAUACCAUGCGGGAGCAGUGUAUCCCAAAUCUAGUGGAAUCGUGGUACCAAAUAUUACAGACUUAUCAGCACACAAACUCUGAACUGACAUGCCAGUGCCUUGAAGUGAUUGGAGCCUAUGUCUCAUGGAUAGAUCUGACAUUGAUUGCAAAUAACAGAUUUAUUAACAUGCUGCUUGGUCACAUGUCAGUGGAAGUUCUCCGUGAGGAAGCAUGUGACUGUUUGUAUGAAAUUGUAAAUAAGGGAAUGGAUCCUAUUGAUAAAACCAAACUAGUGGAAUCUUUGUGUCAAGUAUUACAGUCUGCAGGAUUCUUCAGCAUUGAACAGGAAGAAGAUGUGGAUUUUCUGGCCAGGUUUUCGAAGCUGGUGAAUGGGAUGGGACAGUCGCUGGUGGUUAGCUGGACUAAACUGGCAAAAUCUGGUGAUCUGAAGAAUGCACAGGACACACUGCAGUGCAUUGAAUCCAAAGUGCCUCUGAUGUUGCAGUUGCUCAUCCAUGAAGAUGAUGACAUCUCUUCCAACAUAAUUGGAUUUUGUUACGAGUAUUUACAUAUCUUAAAACAAUUGGAAAUGCUCUCUGAUCAACAGAAAGCUAAUGUGGAGGCUGUAAUGUUGGCAGUAAUGAAGAAAUUAACUUAUGAUGAAGAAUAUAACUUUGAUAAUGAGGGUGAAGAUGAAGCUAUGUUUGUUGAAUACAGAAAGCAGCUGAAACUGUUGUUGGACCGUCUUGCACAAGUGUCACCAGAACUACUGUUGGCCUCGGUCCGUAGAGUUUUUAAUAGUACGCUACAAAACUGGCAGUCUUCCCUCUUUAUGGAUGUAGAAGUUGCUAUCCGGUUAUUGUACAUGCUAGGAGAAGCUAUCCCCUCAUCCCAUGGAGCUCAUUUCUGUGGUGAUGCUGCUAAAGCAAGUGCUUUGCAGGACAUGAUGAGAACACUUGUGACCUCUGGUGUGAGUGCCUACCAUCACACGUCUGUUACAUUAGAAUUUUUUGAAACUGUGGUUAGAUAUGAAAAGUUCUUCACAGUUGAACCCAUACACAUUCCUAAUGUUUUGAUGGCAUUUCUGGAUCAUAGAGGCUUACGUAAUUCUAGUCCCAAAGUUCGCAGUAGAACAUCUUACCUUUUUUCGCGAUUUGUGAAAUCACUUCAUAAGCACAUGAAUACAUUUGUAGAAGACAUUCUCAGUAGGAUUCAAGAUCUUCUAGAACUUUCUCCACCUGAAAACGGUUUUCAGACUUUGCUGAGCAGCGAUGAUCAGCUCUUUAUAUACGAGACUGCUGGCAUUCUCAUAGUAAACAGUGACUAUCCGGCCGACAGGAAAAGUAUUCUGAUGAGGAAUCUAUUGAAUCCGUUAAUGGAAAAGUUCAAGAUUUUACUAGGAAAAUUAAUGUUGGAGCAAGAUGAAGAGCGACAGACUGUUUUAGCAGAUUGCCUUAAUCAUGCUGUCGGGUUUGCCAGUCGCACAAGUAAAGCUUUUAGUAAUAAGCAAACAGUGAAGCAGUGUGGCUGUUCUGGAGUCUAUUUGAACUGUUUACAAAGUUUUCUUCCUGCUCUAAGUUGUCCUGUUCAAAAGGAAACUCUCAGAGGUGGUGUCCGCACUUUCCUUCAUCGUAUGAUCAUCUGUUUGGAAGAGGAAGUGCUUCCUUUCAUCCCUACUGCUUCAGAGCACAUGUUGAAAGACUGUGAAGCAAAGGACUUGCAAGAAUUCAUUCCUCUUAUUAACCAAAUUACUGCCAAAUUCAAGGGCCAAGUGUCGCCUUUCCUACAGCAAGUCUUCAUGCCACUUCUUCAUGCUAUAUUUGAGAUGCUAUCCCGCCCUUCAGAAGAAAACGACCAGUCUGCUGCUCUAGAUAAGCAAAUGUUACGACGAAGCUAUUUCGCCUUUCUCCAAACCGUUACUGGAAGUGGGAUGAAUGAGGUCAUUGCCAAUCAGGAUUCUCAGAACGUGGAGCGUGUAUUAUUCACAGUCAUCCAAGGAGUUGUAGAAUAUCCAGAUCCCAUUGCUCAAAAAACCUGCUUCAUCAUACUCUCCAAAUUAGUAGAACUGUGGGGUGGCAAGGAUGGAUUGGUUGGCUUUGCAGAUUUUAUCUACAAACAUAUUUUUCCUGCAUGCUUUCUGGCUCCGCUAAAACCAACCUUUGACCUUGCAGACGCCCAAACCAUAUUGGCUUUGUCGGAGUGUGCAGUGACCAUGAAAACUAUAUACUUAAAAAGGGGACCGGAAUGCAUUCAGUAUUUACAGCAAGAAUAUCUACCAUCUUUGCAGGUGGCACCAGAAAUUAUCCAGGAGUUUUGUCAAGCUCUACAGCAGCCAGAUGCUAAAGUGUUUAAGAAUUACUUAAAGGUCUUUUUUCAAAGGGCCAAGCCCUGAGGAAUAUACUGGAAUUUUCAUGCACCUGAUACUCAGGAUCUCCAGUUAUUAAUUUAUGUAGAUUGCUAAUUUUGUACAUGCCUUUAAACUGAUGUUCUAUAUGGAUGCCACUUAUUAUUCAAAACAGAAAUCAUGGUCUUGUAAUGAUUUUGAGACCCAUCUUACCUGUUACGUGCUACUCGUGGUGGAAAAUGUCUCCAGUGACAGGGCGUUGAAAUCCAUCUUUAUUUUCUUCCAUGUAACAAGCAUAUGUCCUGUGUUAAGUGCACCAAUUAAUAUAUAUACAAUUGGAUUUUUAUUUUGGAAUUGCAAAACAGAACUGUAAAAAUAAAUUGGCAAUCAGGAAACUGUAUAUAUUUUUUAUUUUAAUGAAUUGAAGCUGUUAAUCUUAUAAGUUUUUGGAUCUCCUGAUGCAAUUGCGGUAUAAUUAAAAAAGAAUACAGUGAAUUUUGUAGAUAGUCGUGACAAUUUGUUAGAACUGUAUCAAAGUCCCUUUCUUUAUAGUGGCAGCGUAUGCGCGGGCACAAUUCAGAACUCGCUUUUUAUAGCUACAUAAACUGGACUUGGAAUCAACUAAAGCCCGCGUUGUGGGAUAAGCAGUAUUCAUCAGACACACGAGAUGGACAGAUCAAGGAGAAAACACAUUGCUUCUUGGGGUGUCUGAAUUUAAAUAUAGGAGCUCAUUCUACAAAGUUUUUAUAAAACAAUAAAUUUUAUGU